UAUUAAUGCUUAAGCAUCUUUAUGAUACAGAUUGCGUAACUUGGUCUCCACAAGGAAAAUUGUUUCAAGUGGACUAUGCUAUGGAGGCAGUCAAAUAGGGAAGUAUUUGUUUAGGCCUCAAAUCAAAUGAUUUUGUUGUAUUAUGCAGUCUGAAACGAUAACCAUCUGAAUUAGCUGGUUAUUAAGAAAAGUAAUUCAAGAUUGAUGAUCAUAUGGCAAUUGCAAUAGCUGGCUUAACUGCUGAUGCUCGUAAUAUUCAAUUCUAAUUAUUUAGGGGUACUCUGUAAAUAUAUGAGAACAGAAUGCUUAGAAUAUAAAUAUACAUAUGAGUCUCAUCAUCCAGUUGGAAGACUAGUAUUCAAAGUUGCAGAAAGUAUUGAAAUGCUCACAUUAUUCAAGAGUCGCAACAUAAAACUUAGAGUGGAGCCAAAAGACCUUAUGGAGUAGGCUUAUUAGUUGCAGGCAUCGAUCCAAAUGGUGUUCAUUUGUUUGAGACUUGCCCAUCAGGAAACUAUUAUGAAUAUAAGUGUCAAGCAAUAGGUUCAAGAUCGUAGGCAGCCAGAACUUAUUUUGAAAGUUGGUUCCAUUUAUUCGAGAAAAGCACUUUAGAAUAGCUAAUUCUACAUGGGUUAAGUGCUCUUAAGAAGGCAAUUAUGGAAGACGAAGAGUAUCCAUUCAAUUGAUAUUUUAGAUUAAAUGAAAAAAAUGUAGAAGUGGGAAUUCUAGGUAAAAAUCAGAAAUUCAUUCAUCUUAAUGCAUAAGAAUUAAAAGACUAUAUAGUAAAAUUAGAAACAUUUAAUGCCAACACUUAAAUUUAGUAAGAGUGAUGGUUAAAUAUUAAUAAUAAUAUUGGAUAUAUUUAUA